AUGAUGCAAUCGGCAAAAGUGAUGCCUCGUAAUUAUAAAAGAAAGACAGCGACGAGAUACAGUCUAGAAGAUCUCAAAAAGGCUAUAGAUGAUGUUAAAACGAAAAAACUUACCAUUGGAAAAGCUGCAGAAACGUAUAAUGUUCCAAAAACGACCAUUUUUGAUCAUCUAAAGAAGACAGUAGUUAAAUUGCCAAGAACUGGUCGAAAACCAUUAUUUACAGACAAGCAAGAAACGGAACUUGUAGAUUACAUCAUAAAAUGCAGCAAACUUUAUUACGGCCUAACAAUAAAAAAAAUUCGUCAAAUUGCUUACCAAUAUGCUCAGAAGAACAAACUUACUCAUAAUUUUGACCAAGUAAAACAGGUAGCUGGGAAAGACUGGUAUUACAAUUUCAUGAAGAGACAUCCCAGCCUAUCUCUGAGAACACCUGAAGCGACUUCGCUAAACCGAAUCACAGCUUUUAAUGAAACUGAAGUUGGAGUUUUUUAUAGCAAUUUGAAGACCAUACAAGAUCAACAUCAUAUUCAACCAGACAAAAUUUUUAACGUCGAUGAAACAGGUAUAUCAACAGUCCAGAGAAAUCAAAAAAUAGUGGCAGUAAGAGGUCAGAAGCAAGUCGGUAAGGCAACGAGUGCCGAAAGAGGUUGUACAACAACAGUGGUUUGUGCAUUUAGUGCAGGCGGUCAGUAUAUUCCACCAUUUUUUAUAUUUAAAAGAAAGCGAAUGAAUCCACUAUUGCUAAAAGGUAGUAACCCUAACAUGGUUGGAGCUGUGUCAGAUUCUGGAUGGAUAAAUGAAAGCCUUUUUGUUGAUUGGCUACACCACUUCAUUUCAUAUGCAAAGCCUUCAAAAGAAGAUCCAGUGUUGCUCAUAUUGGAUAACCAUGAAAGUCACAUUAGUCUUGAUGCUUAUUCGCUAUGCAGAGAACAUGGAAUCAUAAUGCUGACUUUGCCACCACACACCUCACAUAGGCUCCAACCUUUGGACUUAACAUAUUUUGGCCCUAUCAAGACAGCAUACAACCAAGAAUGUGAGAAUCACAUGGCAGAUCGAUUUGGACAGCCCAUUACACAAUACGACAUAGUAGAAUUGUUUACGAAUGCUUUUAAUCGAUGCAGUAACCUACAAAAAGCAGCAAGUGGUUUCAGAUCUGCAGGAAUAUAUCCAUUGCGACCCAUCGAGUUCGAUACAAUUGAGCCAAACUUAUCCCAAAGUAACGCACUGACAAUAAUGAACCCAUCACAAACCAUUGAUACGAUUACCCAACUCACAAAUAAUCAAGAAACUGAAGUUCAACAAGUUUCCAAUGCUGAUACAACUGCAGUAACCCAAGUUCACAGUGUUGAAGAUUUCAAUAACCAGGGAUCCGAUACAGUUCUUGCUGAUUCAUUUAGCGAAAACUUACAUGAAGUUCAUCUAUCCGAUAUUAUUGAAUUGCCUGUAAUUCCUCCAAAAGUUUCAAAACGCAAUAUUAGAAAGAGAAAAUCUACUAUUCUGACAAGCACACCUAUAAAGGAGCAGUUAGAAGAAAAGGAAAACCGAAAAAAAACAAAAGCUGAAGAGAGUAAGGAAAAACAAAAAAAAAUAAUAAAUAAAGAAUCUCAAAUAAAAAGACUGAAAUGUAGUGAUAAGGGACCUUUGAAAGAAGUUAAACGAGUAUUAAAGAAUUUUAAUAAUAUAAAAGAAUUUAAUGACCCUAGUCAAAAUACUAAAAAAAAAGGAAACAAGAGAAAUGAAGACUUUUUUUGUAUAUUUUGUGAAGAUAAAUAUAUAGAUCCCCCUGUGGAAGACUGGAUAAUGUGUUACGUGUGUGGGAAAUGGGCCCACGAGAAUUGUACCGACGGUCAGUCAACAUCGGCAG